UUGGUGUGGCUCUAAGUCCUCCUUUCCCAGACUGGUUCGUGUGUGGGAAUGCUCUCAAAAUUCUUCAAGAGAGUACCAAAAAACGCGCUGAACGAGUGGUUCCGACUAAGCAUACCUUGGAUACUUUCAAAGGACAUCUUCAUAUAGAUCUUAAACAUGUUCGUGUCCUGACUCCAAUACCUGAAGGUCUGGAUUAAGACAAUCUUUUCGACUGACUUAUCUUUUCUUUAUUGAUAUACUGAUUUCAGUCUCAACUACAGCUGUUGCACGAAGGAGGAAGAUUAAGGAAGCUUCUGCCCCAAAAGACUCUGGGACAUCUAAAAGCAAUAAACCAAGUGGGAGUGACUCCCUCGUCACUGAUAAGAAGCCCACGAGUUCGAAACCCCCAACGGGUUCGAAGCGUAAAGCUUCUUCGACCACUGGUUCGGAUGGCGAAGAUAAAUCCCCUCCUCAAACUAGACAAGGACAGAAGAAAAAACACAAAGCUGUUACCCCUUCAAGAAAAGGGAAAAAGGCAAGUCCUUCCAAAGCUGUUUCUCCUGGUGAUAAAGCGUCCUCUGAAGAGUCUCCUUUGAAAGCUGCUAGUAAUGCUUUCGUUGUGGAAAGCCAUAAUUCAAGUCCAGACAAUAUUCCACCCAAGGAUGAUGCUGGCACUGCUACUUCCGGUUUUAAAGACCCUGGCCUCACCAUUGAUGUUGACAAACUUUAUGGUACCUCUCAAAAUCAAACUCGUGUUCUUUCGCCAGUCUUUGAAGACGUUAGGCCAAUUGCUACCAUAUUGCCUAAUGAACCAGUCGAAGAAAGCCACUCUACUGACGAAUCCCCACCUACCCAUCAAGGCAAAAAUUUGGAAGAGGAUCAUCCAUUCUCAGGCAGCGACAAUGUGAACCAGCAAUCACAUGACAACGAAGAUUCUGCGUCGGAGAAAGAUGCUAUGGAAGAGAUUUCUCAGCCUGAAAAACCAGUUUCUCAUGGAACUUCGACUCUUGACGCAAAAACCAUUCCUGAGACGACUUCGACGCCUGCCCUUGCAAAGCUUACUCCUUCAGAGCUUGAACAACUUAAGCAAACUGAUCCUCUUAGUUUCUUAAAGGCCAUUAUGAAUGUGAAUACUCCUUCGCCUCCGGAGCUUAAUGUCUCACCAGCUGUAACUGCAGACUCUAGUGACAAGGAAGAUAUUCCCAGUCUUCUUCGACAAAUAAAAGAAAGAUUCUUUGGGGUCAAUCUUGUAGAUGUUCUCAACCGGGACCCUAUUAAGAGCCACAACUUAAAUCAACUUCUAAAGAAAGUAGAUUUGCUUCAAGUUUCCACAGAAGUUUCAGAGGUAAUUGUUCUGCUGGGCUCUCUACUCGAGCAACUCCAAGCUAACAUCCUUCGAAGGCAAAAUGUCGAAAAAGAGCUAUCUGAGACAAAGGCCUCUCAUGACUCUUCAUGGAAUUCUGCUAUGGACGCAACGAAACAAGGUGAGGCCCUCAGGCUCAAACAUUCAGAAAAUCAGAAGGCCAUUGAUGAUUAUGAGAAGAAAAUCGGCUCUUGGAAACAAGAAAUCAAAGUACUCGAGGGCAAGAUAAAGGAGGCUGAAAGUUGUCAAGCAGUCCUACAAAAGUCUAAUCAACAAGACUUGCUCGAAGUGGUGCAGUCAGGAAUGAAACAUUUCGAGACUGCACAAAAGUUAGUGCCAGAAAUCGAAAGGUUGAAGAAACACCGGGCACUAAUUGAACUUCGCAUGUCUUCAUGGGAGACUCAAUAUUUGAAGAUCAAAAAGGAUCUCCCUGAGGAUUUCAACUAGAUGUUUUCGAUCUUGUUACUUAUUGCACCUUUAUUUUGUAAUCGAGACCACUGUAGACAUAUAAUAUUUGUA